UUCGGCGUGCGUUUCUGGUUGCUGAGGCUGCUCCCUCCCUCGGCCGCCGGCGACCAGCCUGGCUCGGUGGCCUUCGAGCUCAAUGAGGACGACCUCUUCGCCUCAGGAGCCCCAUCCCCCGAGCGGCCGCAGCCGCCGCGCCGGCCCCUCCUCAUCUCCUCAAUCCACGCCGCAAAUCCUAGCCCCACCAUUCCCCGCCUCCGCCAUCCGCCAGGGGGCAUCCUCGAAGCUCUCCCUGAGCACUUCGGACCUCUCUCGCCACGUCUAUCUUCUUCGUCUACCUCGUCGUCCCCCGCGUCCCCGAUGACGGCCCUUCCCCGCAUGAUCCCCUCCAUCCCCCGCCCGGCACCGGCACCGGCGAUGCAUAUGCCGCAGUCUGCACCGGUUAAUGUGCCUGCAGCAAGGCUGCGUCGACCGCCGGUGGUGGAUGAGUUCACUGUUGAAGUAGAUGACGACGAUGAUGAGGAGAUGCUGCCGCCGCACGAGCCAUUUUGCCGAAACAGUAAGAGCUCUAAAGGUGACCUGGAAGCGGUUGCAUCUUUGGCGAACUCCGGUCUAGAUGUGUAUGCCCACAAGGCCACAAUAUUGAAACUGUGAGGAGUCUGCAGAGAGUAGUUAGAGAUCCUCGAGCAGGAAACUGUAGACGGUGUCGAAUAUGUUGCUGAUGGAGGUACAGUUUGAUUAUCAUCAUCUGCUGAAGCUUUUUCUUCGUUCAUGAUUACAGAAAGUGUAGAUGAUGUCGAAUUGGUUGUUGAUGGAGGUGAUCCCAAUGGAUCACUAUUUAUUUGAAGAUCUGAAAUCAUAGAUGAUGCUGAGAUGGAAGGUGAUGUUAAUGGAUCAUCUAAAACACUUGAAUCACAAUUUUUUGCUUUCUUUAAAGGCCGGUUUUCAAAAUCUUGAUCCAUGUUUGCAAGCACAAAAAAAGGAUGGAGUCAACAGAUGGUUAAAGCAUAGGUACAACAAAGUAGAAAAAAUAGAAUUAGCAUAGAUAGUCAGAUGCAAUUAGCAGAUGGUUGUUCAUCAACUUAGUAAGGUAUAGUGAUUUCAGCGUGGCAUUAGCAUAUAGUUACCAAUUUUAUCUUGUGGUACAUUGUAUAGUGGCCAAUAUUACCAGCAAGAUAAAGCCAGGAGUUGGUUGGUCUCUUCUCUAUAUCAGAUAUAUAGCAGGAGAUACUUGUUACGGCGAAGUGCUUUGGAAUUAUUUAUGGUAGAUAGGUCAAAUUUCUUCUUUGAUUUCGGGAGAGCCGAGCAAAUCCUUAAAAGAACUCAAUUGAUGGAGCGCUGGGCUAACUGGGAGCGAAAAAAGGAUCAUACCUUAUGGUUGGAGAUGGAUUGAUUGGUGAGACGUGGGGAUUGGGGGCGUGGAUCGUUGCUGGAAAGCAGAUGAUGGAUAUCUCUUCCUGGGGUGGGCGGGGCGAGCGUGGGGCGAGGGAAGGAAAGUGCCUGAUCGAUCUCUUCUUGGGGUAUUUUGGGCGGUAGCUAAACUGAUACGGGUUAUGUAUACAUGCGCGUGUCCGCUUAUGGCCGCUGCCGUAUUGGAUUCCGUUACGUGAUUGUAUAUGGCAGUUCCUGCCUGAUAUAUUUCUUCCUUGGCGCUGCCGUAUUGAAUUCAGUUAUGCGCUUAUGGCCGCUGCCGUAUUGGAUUCAGUUAUGUGAUUGUAUAUGGCAGUUCCUGCCUGACCUAUCGAUAUGGCAGUUCUGAUCAAUCGGAAGAACCUUGUUCGCGAGGCGA